AUGCUGUAUGCAGUUUGUCUGUCAGCAGCCAUUUUCUUGGUUUCUAUCACCACCGUCAUUUCCUCGACCAUCACAGUGACCACUAUCAAUGGACCACUUAUCGGCAAAGAGAUCACCUUGCAGUACGAUAUUCCCAACCGAAACGUACCUGUAAAACUUAACCGUUUUCUGGGAAUACCCUAUGCGAAGCCACCAGUGGGCAAGCUUCGUUUUCGUAGGCCAAUUCCACUGAUCGGCAGAAGCUGGCCUGGUGUGCUCAAUGCCACUACCUGGCCAAACAAUUGCGUUCAGAAGGAGCUUUUGAUUGACUUCUACCAAAACAAAAAUUUCACUGAAGACUGUCUGUUCCUGAACGUCUGGUCGCCAAAUGUAAACACUGCUCAAAAGUUGCCCGUCCUCGUGUGGAUACACGGUGGAUCAUUCUACUAUGGCGGCAGUUCAUUUGACUUUUACAAUGGUGAAACAUUGGCGGCGAUGACCAACUCGGUGGUGGUCACCUUCAACUACCGAGUGUCUACACUGGGCUUCCUUACAACAAAUGAAGAUCUGGCAAACGGUAACCAAGGAAUUUGGGAUCAGGUAGAGGUGUUGCGAUGGGUACAGACAAACAUUGCUCACUUUGGUGGCAAUCGAGACCAGGUGACAAUAAUGGGCGAAAGUGCCGGUUCGCAGUCGGUCAGCUUGCAUAUACUUUCACCUGUCUCACAUAGUCUUUUCAGCAAGGCUAUCAUGAUGAGCGGAUCAGCGCUGUUCAAAGUCGUCAGCUCUCAGAAGACGAUGAAUGCCCAUUUUAUAGCCGCAAUUGGUCAAGCCGUGCCAGAAUGUUCACCAGCCAAAAAAGAAAAAAUUAUAAGCAAAAAAGUGGUUGACUGUUUGAGGAAAGCAUCCCCUGAAAGGGUAGAUCAAGUUGCCCACUUGAUGAGAAAUAAAAUAGAUUACCAUGAGCUCGUCGUUGUUGAUGGAGACUUUCUGCCUGAGGAGCCAAAAAGUCUACUUCUAAAAGGAAGCCACAAACGUGAUCUGACACUGCUAGCAAGCACUGUAGAAGACGAAGGUGCCUUCUUUCUAGUGCCAAGUGGUCACAACUCAAAAUUUUCUUGGAACUCAAAUGAGGCGAUUACCAAAGAUGAGGCAGAAAACUAUUUUCUCGACUUCAUGUCAACUGAGAUACUGCCAAAAGAAAAGUUGCCACUUUCAAGAAAAACAGUAAAAGAAAUGUACUUUUCUGGAAAUAUUAACUCAUCUUCAGAUGCACUGAAGAAGAGGGUCACUGUGGCUUACGGCGACGCCUACUUUGGUUGCCCAACGAUGGAAUACACCAAGGCACUUUUCCGUUCAACACCAGACACUGUCACG